CCUGUUUGCUUCGCAGCGAAGCUACGUGAUGACCUUGCGGAGUGUGUUGCGCUCUGGUCGCGUUUGCGUCAGCGGCAGUCGCUGCGGCUGCGUGGCGGGUUGUCCAGGUAACCACGGGAGUUGUCGCUGACUGGUGGCAUCUGAGAGACAGGUGUUCGUCAUGCAGUUGAAGCACCUGAGAACCCUGCUGAGCCCUCAGGAUGGAGCUGCAAAGGUGACCUGCAUGGCUUGGUCCCAGAACAAUGCCAAAUUUGCUGUCUGCACAGUGGACCGAGUGGUGUUGCUAUAUGAUGAGCAUGGGGAGCGGAGAGAUAAAUUCUCCACCAAACCAGCUGACAUGAAGUAUGGCAGGAAGAGCUAUAUGGUGAAAGGCAUGGCUUUUUCUCCUGAUUCCACUAAAAUUGCCAUAGGACAGACCGACAACAUCAUCUAUGUGUACAAGAUUGGAGAAGAUUGGGGUGACAAGAAAGUCAUCUGUAACAAAUUCAUCCAGACGAGUGCUGUCACGUGUCUGCAGUGGCCAGCAGAGUACAUCAUUGUCUUUGGACUGGCUGAAGGGAAGGUUCGUUUAGCAAACACUAAAACUAAUAAAUCAUCUACCAUCUAUGGGACAGACUCUUAUGUGGUAUCACUGACGACAAAUUGCUCUGGGAAAGGAAUUCUCUCUGGUCAUGCAGAUGGUACCAUUGUUAGGUAUUUCUUUGAUGAUGAAGGCUCUGGAGAGUCACAGGGGAAGUUGGUUAACCACCCAUGCCCACCCUAUGCCUUGGCUUGGGCAACCAACAGCAUUGUGGCUGCAGGCUGUGAUCGGAGAAUUGUGGCCUAUGGAAAGGAAGGCCAUGUGCUACAAACUUUUGAUUACAGCCGUGACCCUCAGGAGCGGGAGUUCACCACAGCUGCCGCAAGUCCUGGGGGCCAGUCUGUUGUGUUGGGAAGUUAUGACAGACUUAGGGUGCUCAACUGGAGCCCUCGAAGAAGCAUCUGGGAAGAGGCAAAGCCCAAGGAGAUUGCCAACUUAUACACCGUCACUGCCUUGGCCUGGAAACGGGACGGCUCACGACUCUGUGCGGGCACACUCUGUGGUGGAGUGGAACAGUUUGACUGCUGCCUCCGGAGGAGCAUUUACAAGAAUAAGUUUGAGUUGACAUAUGUGGGACCUAGCCAGGUGAUUGUGAAGAACCUGUCAUCGGGGACCCGAGUGGUACUCAAGUCACACUAUGGCUAUGAAGUGGAAGAGGUGAAAAUCCUGGGAAAGGAACGUUACCUGGUGGCCCACACAUCAGACACGCUGCUGCUGGGGGACCUGAACACUAAUCGCCUUAGUGAGGUAGCUUGGCAGGGAUCUGGUGGCAAUGAGAAGUAUUUCUUUGAAAAUGAAAAUGUGUGCAUGAUCUUCAAUGCUGGAGAGCUAACCCUGGUGGAAUAUGGGAGUAAUGAUACCCUGGGUUCUGUACGUACUGAAUUCAUGAACCCCCACCUCAUCAGUGUCCGUAUUAAUGAGAGGUGUCAACGAGGAAUGGAAGACAAUAAGAAAUUGGCUUAUCUUGUUGAUAUUAAGACUAUUGCUAUAGUGGAUCUGAUUGGUGGCUACAACAUUGGCACCAUCAGCCACGAGAGCCGUGUGGAUUGGCUGGAACUUAAUGAAACUGGGCAUAAGCUUCUAUUCAGGGACCGGAAACUUCGUUUACAUCUAUAUGAUAUUGAAAGCUGCGCUAAGACAAUGAUCCUCAACUUCUGCUCCUACGUGCAGUGGGUUCCAGGAAGUGAUGUGCUGGUAGCUCAGAACCGAAACAGCUUGUGUGUGUGGUACAACAUUGAGGCACCUGAGAGGGUCACCACGUCCUCUAUUAGGGUACGUCGGCACCAGGGUACCUCAGACAAAGUGGCAAACUGAUCAGUUAGGGCCCUGAGGAAGCUCCAGCGGUUAUUUGGUUUUCUCUGUCCCACCACCUAUCAUGUCUGUGAUAGAGUUGGCAAGUAAAGCUUCGAUCCUUCCCCACAAUGGCCUAGGUCCCAAAACCAUCCUUGUUCAGAUUCCUGACACUAUAUUAGGUCCUUGGAACGUGCCUGUCUGUUACAGUGGCCCUGGGAAUUCACCAGGUCAUAGUGAGUUCUCUUAAUCUGGAAGAGCACCCCUAGGAGGGGCCGUUCUGUGUCAGUUCCUGUGUGUGGAUUCUCUGUUGUAAGCCAUUCAGAGCUCCUUUUUUAUCAGACUGAAAAUCAGCCACUCUCCUAUCCUGCCGGCAUCACGUACAUUCCAGUGAUCUUCCAAAAUCUGG